AAGUGAAUAGAUAUAUCGUGCCAUGUCUAUUUAAACUGCUUAAACGCUUUUGCACUUCGCAUUUGGGCUACCAAUUGUUCCUGGUCACACAUCUUCGCUCGGAUAAAAACCUAUCAGUAUGGCCACCAAGAAGUUCGCUGGACCAACGCCUUACUCCUUCAGUCCUUCCUACCCAAAGGUCGAUUACGUUUUCACUGAGCACUUGAAUAACGUGAUGACAAAGGACAACGGCAGGCCCACGGUAUCACCGGUUGUGGGUGCCAUUUUCGGCCUGGGCCGUGCUGGCUCCAUCCACCUCGCCAACAUCAUCAACAACCCCCGCAUCAUCCUAAAAUACAUCGUCGACGACCGCGUUGAGAGGUUCAAUGACCUGAAGAAGUACUGGAAGUUGAGCGAUGACGUCACUUUCAUCACCUCAAAGGAGAGCGACAAAGUGUACAAAGACAAGAGCGUUAACGUGGUAUUUAUUUGCUGCCCAACGUUUGCUCACCACAACAUUGUCGUCAACUCGAUCGCCAACAACAAGGACGUCUUCUGUGAGAAACCUAUCGCGGAGUCCAGCGAAGAUACACUCAAGUGCUAUCAAGCCGCCAAGAGCAAGGGAAAAACCUUAUUCUCAGCUUUCAACCGUCGCUUCGACCCCGCCUACAGGAGCUUAAAGGAAAGAGUCAGGGAGGGAACUGUCGGACAUGUACAGAUCCUCAAAGUUACAGCUAGAGAUUCCCCACUGCCAUCCAUCGACUACUUGGAGACAUCAGGCGGUGUGUACCACGACUGCCUCGUGCACGAUAUCGACAUGACGUGCUGGGUGCUGGGCGAGCUGCCGAUUCGUGUGCAGUCCUCCGCCACCGCGCUCAUCCCGGAGAUCAAAGCCAUCGACGACUUCGAUACCAUCGCCUUCCUUCUCACCUUCCCCUCGGGCGCCAUCGCUAUCGGCGACAACAGCCGUUUCAGCGCUUACGGAUACGAUCAAAGGCUCGAAGUCUUCGGAAACAAGGGUAUGCUGAAGGUAGAAAAUGAGAAACCUUGCCCAUCGCUGGAAAGCUACCUCGGCCACGAGGGCGUCAAGACCAACCCCAUCUACUACUCAUUCCCGUCCCGCUACAAGGCCGCCUACAAAUACGAACUCGAACACUUCCUCGAUGUUGUUCAGUUCGGUGACAAGCCCGAGGUGACGAGCUGGCAGACACUGGCGGUUAGCAAGAUCGCGGAUGCGGCAGAGCAAAGCGCGCGCACUGGCAAGACCAUCGACAUCGACUGGAGCAAGGAUGACAUCCCUGCCGUCUACUCAUAAAUCUAUGCCCAGCGGAACCAAUGAAACAACGAAUAAUAACGCUAAAGCAAUGCAUAUGGAUAAUGAUACUGUGUUAUUUUUAAUAAAUCUCUUCAUAAAAUAAUAA